UAGUUUACUCGUUUACUUAAAGUCUAAAACAGUAUAUAUGGCUACAACUCUUGAAGAUAUCCAUCAAGAUAUCAUCCAAAAACACAUCUUACCACGUCUCGAGACCAUCACAACAGCCACCGCAUCAUCAUCAUCAUCAUCAUCAUCUUAUCUACGAUCCCUUUGUUCCGAUGACGAUCACAAGCUAUGGACCGACGUUUCCCUGUCCACUUGGCCUUCUAUAACCUGCCCUCGCGUUCAUCAAAUCAUUUCCACAUUUCCUAAUGGUCACCGCUCUUUCUUUCAAGACUCUUUUCCUUCUUUAUUCACAUAUAGUCCCUCUUAUUUGCCAAAUUCACCUGAUCAAAAGAAUAAAAAUAAAAUCAAGUUAACUAGGGUAAAACAUUUACCAAAAAAUAUUUUGCAUCAGAAUGAUCAUCAAUGCUCACUUGUCAAUAUUCGCUACAAUGGCAACAUCAUUUACUCCAAAGCCCAUUUCACUAACACCAAAAGUGAUCAUUUCUUAUCAUCACCAUUUCAGAUUGUAUUUUUUUUUUCGAACGGCCACUUACCUGAGAAGUUUGAGGAGCUAGCAUUCCUCAACGACGAAGAAACACUAUCAUUUUUGAAAGAAUCUAUGACACUAAAUUGGAUUAUAAUAAAUCCUACUCAAAAACGGGCAGGCAACUUAUCAACUAUCAAACCGGUUAGUGUAAAAUAUGGUUGGGUGUCAAAAGAGAUCAAUUUGCAAUAUAUUACUAUUUUACCUAGAUGUAAUCCAAAUGAUGAGCUGGUAAAAUGUAAAAUACAAUUGGUAUUAUUAGAGUCUAAUAUCGAAGGAGAUGUGAUUUUGCAAGUGAAGGAGGUUAGUCUAAAAGUACAAGAUUUGGUUUCUAGUAAUUGUUUGAAUGGUAAAGAUUUUAUGGUGAUUAUACAAAGAGCAAUUAUGGAGGAAAAUAAUGUUAGGAGGAUUGCGAUUGAUGAUGAGAGGAGAUUGAUGAGUCACAUGUAACUCAAGCAAAUCAAAAAAGAUCAACAAGAUUUGGGAAAAAAGGAAGAAAAGAAAAAAAAGUUUGUUGCCAGGUUCAAUCAUGCCGGGCUGAUGUCGUUGUUGUUUAGUUAUUAUAUUUACCUUUUUUGUUCA